CUUUACUUCUCAUCUUCAAUUCCCAGUUAAUUAUACUUUGAAUCCUGUAAGGCCAGCCAACAUGGGGUUUUCACCACUGUCCCUCUCUCAAUAUCUCUCGUUCUUUCUGCUUCUCUUCCAUUUCCAUUCAACAAUUUCAUCUCCACUCUCCUCAAAUCACUCCUCCUCCUCCUCCUCCUCUUCUCAUUUGUGUGCUCAUCGCCAAUCUCUUUCUCUCCUUCAAUUCAAACAAUCCUUCUCCAUUCAGAGUUCUCCUUUUUGGUUUGCUAGAAACUAUCAAUAUGAUCAAUAUCCCAAGACAGAGUCAUGGAAAGAGGGUACCGACUGCUGCUUGUGGGAUGGGGUCUCUUGUGACCUGAAAACCGGGCAUGUCACUGGACUGGACCUCUCCUGCAGCAUGCUUUACGGCACCCUCCUUCCCAAUAAUUCUCUCUUCUCUCUCCAUCAUCUUCAACAGCUCGACCUCUCUUUCAAUGAUUUCAACUCCUCCCAUAUUUCUUCUCGAUUUGGCCAGUUCUCCAAUCUAACACAUCUUAACCUAAGUGGUUCAGAUCUUGCAGGCCAAGUUCCGUCAGAAAUCUCUCACCUCUCCAAAAUGGUUUCUCUUGAUCUCUCUUGGAACUACGAUCUUGUGAGUGUAGAACCAAUUUCUUUUGACAAGCUUUCUUUUGACAAACUUUCUUUUGACAAGCUUGCUCGAAACCUAACCAAGCUUAGAGAACUCGAUUUGAGUGGGGUAAACAUGUCACUAGUUGUUCCCGAUUCCUUGAUGAAUCUGUCCUCUUCUCUGUCAUCACUCAAACUCAUUGAGUGUGGAUUGCAAGGAAAACUCCCAUCCUCAAUGGGGAAAUUUAAGCACCUGCAGUGCUUGGAUCUUGGAGGGAACAAUCUUUCUGGUCCAAUUCCAUAUGAUUUUGAUCAACUCACUGAGUUGGUUUCACUUGAUCUCUUUGACAAUGACUAUCUGAGUCUAGAACCAAUUUCUUUUGACAAGCUUGUUCGAAACCUAACCAAGCUUAGAGAACUUGAUUUGACUUGGGUAAACAUGUCACUAGUUGUUCCCGAUUCCUUGAUGAAUCUGUCUUCUUCUCUGUCAUCGCUCAUAUUCUAUUCCUGUGGAUUGCAAGGAAAACUCCCAUCCUCAAUGGGGAAAUUUAAGCACCUGCAGUACUUGGAUCUUCGAUGGAAUAAUAUUACUGGUUCAAUUCCAUAUGGUUUUGAGCAACUCAGUGAGUUGGUUUCCCUUGAUCUCUCUGGAAACUUCUAUCUAAGUCUAGAACCAAUUUCUUUUGACAAGAUUGUUCAAAACCUAACCAAGCUAAGACAUCUCGCUUUGGAUUAUGUAAAUAUGUCUCUGGUUGCACCUAAUUCCUUGACGAAUCUGUCCUCUUCUUUGUCAUCUCUUUCCCUUGGGGGUUGUCGAUUGCAGGGGAAGUUCCCGGGUAACAUCUUUCUCCUCCCAAACCUUGAAUCACUGGAUCUGUCAUACAACGAAGGCCUCACUGGCUCUUUUCCUUCGUCCAAUUUGAGUAAUGUCCUCUCUCUGUUGGGUCUUUCUAAUACAAGAAUUUCAGUUUAUUUAGAAAAGGACUUAAUCAGUAAUCUAAAGUCAUUAGAAUAUAUGUCUCUUCGUAAUUGUAACAUUAUAAGGUUAGAUCUACCCCUGCUUGGUAAUCUCACACAGCUCAUAUCUUUAGACCUCUCAAGUAACAAUUUUAGCGGUCAGAUCCCAUCCUCACUUGGAAACCUUGUACAACUCCGUAUCUUGUGUCUCUAUUCCAAUGAAUUUAUCGGUCAACUUCCAGAUUCUUUCGGUAGUCUGGUCAAUCUUUCAUAUUUAGAUUUAUCAAAUAACCAACUAGGAGGCCCUAUCCAUUCUCAAUUAAAUACCCUUUCAAAUCUAGAGAAUCUAAGUUUAUAUGGUAACUUGUUCGAUGGAACAAUACCAUCCUUUUUGUUUGCUCUUCGUUAUUUGUAUUAUCUUGGCCUUCAUAACAAUAAUCUCAUAGGCAAUAUAAGUGAACUCCAACACGAUUCUUUGGAAUACCUUGAUUUGAGUAAUAACCACUUGCAUGGUCCAAUCCCAAGUUCGAUUUUCAAACAAGAGAACUUGCGAGUCCUUAUUCUUGCGUCCAAUAGUAAAUUGACAGGUGAGAUUUCUUCUUCUAUUUGCAAGCUGAGAUUCCUUGAGGUCCUGGACUUGUCCAACAACAGCUUCAGUGGUUCUACGCCACUAUGUUUGGGGAACUUCAGCAGCAUGCUCUCAGUGUUGCAUCUAGGCAUGAACAAUCUUCAAGGCACUAUCCCUUCAACAUUUUCAAAGGAUAAUAGCUUGGAAUAUCUCAACUUCAAUGGAAAUGAAUUAGAAGGGAAAAUAUCACGGUCUAUCAUCAACUGUACAAUGUUGCAAGUUCUUGAUCUUGGCAACAAUAAGAUUGAGGAUACAUUUCCCUGCUUUCUAGAAACGCUUUCAAAGCUCCAAAUUCUUGUCCUAAAAUCCAAUAAAUUCCAAGGUUUUGUGAAGGGUCCGACUGCAAAUAAUUCAUUCUCUAAAUUACGGAUUCUUGACAUCUCUGACAACAAUUUUAGUGGGCCAUUGCCAACUGGAUAUUUCAAUAGUCUUGAAGCAAUGAUGGCCUCGGAUCAAAACAUGAUUUACAUGGGGGCAACAAAUUACACUGGCUAUGUCUAUUCCAUAGAAAUGACAUGGAAAGGUGUAGAAAUUGAGUUUACAAAGAUCCGAAGUACUAUCAGAGUACUUGAUUUGUCAAAUAACAAUUUCACCGGAGAGAUUCCAAAAGUGAUAGGAAUGCUUAAAGCACUCCAACAGCUCAACCUUUCUCAUAAUUCCCUUACAGGUCAUAUCCAAUCAUCAUUAGAAAAUUUGACUAAUUUGGAAUCAUUAGAUCUAUCUUCAAAUUUGCUUACCGGAAGGAUUCCAACGCAGCUGGGGGGUCUAACAUUUCUUGCAAUCCUAAACCUUUCACAUAACCAACUCGAGGGGCCCAUACCAAGUGGAGAGCAGUUCAACACCUUUGAUGCAAGCUCAUUUGAAGGAAACUUGGGUUUAUGUGGAUCUCAAGUACUAAAAAAAUGUUACGGUGAUGAGGCACCAUCAUUACCGCCAUCAAGCUUUGAUGAAGGAGAUGAUUCAACAUUGUUUGGAGAAGGAUUUGGAUGGAAAGCUGUGACAGUGGGGUAUGGAUGCGGGUUUGUGUUUGGAGUUGCAACGGGAUACGUUGUGUUUAGAACAAAAAAGCCUUCUUGGUUUCUUAGGAUGGUUGAAGAUAAAUGGAAUCUCCAGAGCAAAAAAACAAAGAAGAAUGCUGGCAGAUAUGGUGCAAGAAGAAACUAAAUAAUGCAAUUGAUAUUUUCAAUACAAACAAGAUAUCAUGUUGAUUUGACACGGAAACAACACUAGGGUGGCAGAUUCAUAGUACUGGAUUCCCUUUACUCUUUUUUUUUUUCAUCAAGGUUAAUUGGGUGUUACUUCAUAGUAUGCAAGCAAUAGUUUGUGUAAACUAUAAAAUCAUUUAUGUUUUAGGUCCUUUUUUAUGUGUUCAUUUCCUUUCUUGGAGUAUUUUAAAUUUUAUAAGAAUUAAAGCAAUUCUGUUCUCACAACAGC